UACGUGCGCGCUCGUGUUUACGCGAUUGGCCAGUUGGAAGCCAGAAUUACCAAAAGUUUUUAUUAUUACUGUUGACACCAUGCACUGUUGCCACAUUCACGUUUCAGUGUGUGUGUUGCUUUGAUGGAGUAAUAUGUGGUUUAUUGGCUUGACUCUGUGUUUUCUGAUGCACUGUGAGAGGAGGACAUUUAAAAUGAACUUAUGUUUGCUGACUGGACAUGAGUGUGUGGCUGGUGGUGGGAUGUGGGGUUAGAUCAUUACGAGAAAUAACUUUCCCAACCCAUGAGCAUGUGUUUACCUUUGAUCAAUCAUUCACUCCAGUUGUUCUGACUGCAUUGGUGUAAGUCCUGUUCUGAACGACAGCAGCCACUGUGUGUUUUCUGAUGUGACAUUUUAGUCUCCAUAAAGAGUUAUACCCAUCCUCAAUAUGGGUAGAAUAAUUCCUAUGUUGCUGGGCUUAUUCACUCUCCAUCUGCUUUCCACUGUUGUGAAAGCAUCAAGCAACCCAUGGGCCACAGCUGAAAACAGCGGGCCAUUGCCUGUUAUGAGGAGGGCCAGAGCUGCAAACAAGCCAACACCCAUGAACUGUAAGGUGGGGACUUGGUCAUCUUGGAGUCCGUGUAACUCCUGCACAGACAAAAAGUUCCGCUUCCGAUACAUGGAGCAGCCCUCUCAGUUUGGUGGGUCAGAGUGUAUUGAUAAACUCUGGGACAGGCUGGCAUGUCCAACAGCAACCACACAGUGUCUGGAGCCAGAUUACUGUGGAGAGAGCUUCACCUGUCAAGCAACAGGGCGCUGCAUCAAGCCAUCUCUUCGCUGUAAUGGAGAGCCAGACUGUGAAGAUUUCUCUGACGAGGAAAACUGUGAACAGAUCACCUCCAGAGAUGACAAGUGUUCCACCUUCAUGCCUAUCCCUGGUGCGGAGCGUGGCACUCAGGGCUACAAUGUCUUGACUGGCGAGUUUGUGGAUCAGGUUCUUGACUCGAAGUACUUCGGUGGACAGUGUGAAUAUGUCUACAACGGUGACUGGAGGAAAUUCACCUAUGACCUAUUCUGUGAGAGUCUGCAGUACAGGGAAGAUGAGAAAAACUACAGAAAACCUUACAACUACCAUGCCUAUCGUUUUAUGGCUGAAGCCACUUCGGAGGGCUCUCAUGAAUACUAUGAGGAUAUGGUAAAGCUACUGGAUGCAAUGAAAACUGAGGGUUCCUCCAAUGCCGGUUUCACAGUUGGGAUCAAUUAUGUUGAAGUGGGGCUGCAUGGAAGUGAUGACUUCAAGUUUCUCACAAACAUAACACAACAUGCAAGCCAGGAGCUGGGAUUCAUUAGGCUUUCAUCUAAAGUGCAAACAGCGCGGUUCAAGAUGAGGAGUGAUAAGCUGAUGCUGCAUGAAGAUUUAUACGUGUCACUCAUGGAGCUCCCAGAGCAGUAUGACUUUGGGAUGUAUUCCCGUUUCCUCAACACAUUUGGCACCCACUAUGUCACUGAGGGAACAAUGGGAGGGACCCUGGAAUAUAUUGUGGUUGUCAACAAAACAUCCAUGGCACACUCAGAGGCCAAAGGUGAACAAGUUGGUAGUUGCUUUGGUGGCUCCCUUGGUUUAGGCAGUCCCCUUGGCAAGAUGGCAUCAGUAGAUCUCACUGUGAGCGGCCAGAACUGUAAAAGAACUGGGUCUUAUGGAGAUGAUGGAUGGGCUAGUUCGAGUGUUAUUGAAGAUAUUGUCACUCGAGUAAAGGGGGGCAUCACAGAAACCAGCAGUGGCCUGAUGGCUGUCAGGAAUCCUGAAACCUACAGGAGAUGGGGAACAACCCUCAAAUACAACCCAGUACUCAUCGAAUAUGAGACCAUGCCGAUCUAUGAGCUAGUUCGUCUCAGCACGGCCGCUGACCAUGUAGGUGAAAGACUGGCCAACCUGCGGAGGGCCUGGGAUGAGUAUCUGCUCGAAUUCAACUCCUGUCGCUGUGCUCCCUGCAAACACAAUGGGAUCCCUAUCCUCAUGGGUACCUCCUGUCAAUGCAUUUGCAAGUCUGGCUACAGGGGACAGGCCUGCGAAGACACCCUCAGAGAAGAUACCAGGACUGAUGGGUCCUGGUCCUGCUGGGGGGCGUGGUCACCCUGUGUGUCAGCCAGGAAGACUCGCACAAGAACCUGUGACAACCCCCCACCAGAGGGAGGCGGAGCAAACUGCUUGGGCUCCUCCUCUCAGACCCAGGGCUGUUGAAGUGAAGUCUCUCCCUCAUAGAUUAUAGGGUGAAGACGAGUGGAUCAGCUUCCUCGCUCCCAAAGCAAGCCCAACUUAAGCUAUGUCAACCUAAUCCACUUGUGGGAAAAUUGCAGAACUGCUCUGAGAAGAGCUUACACAGACAGCCUCAUCCUAACCUUUAAGACCUUUAAGAGUUUUUUUUUUUUCAGUGAAAACUCCUCUUGAACUUUUCCUUUGUAAAUGCUCAAACUCUUAAAGAAUAAAAUGAAAUAUACCUACA